AUGAAGCCCUCGACGCUUGCAGUCGUCGUUGCAGCAGCGGUUCUUGUCCUUGCCGUGCUCGCCUCAGGUGGCGGCGUCGUUGGCGCGGCGGCGCGGCCGGUGGUGAUGAGGCAGGGCGGCGGCAGCUCGGGCGCCGGCGCCGUGCUGGAUCGCGUCGCCGUGGCUGUGGAGCUCACGAGCACGAACUCCUCGGCGCAGCCGUCCAACUGCACCUACGGGAACAACUUCGGCGGCGUGUGCCCUCCGACUCCUCCCGCUCCCGGUGUAGGGCACUAG